AUGGCCCCAUCGUCGGUGUCGAUGUCAGUUUUGGCCGCCGCCACGGGUUUGAAAAGUGAAGCUCUCCCCCAACGCUCGGCGCUCGUCACGAGAGGCGACAUGCAGACCAGCCUGAGCCCUGCAGAGGACGCCGGGAAGCCCAAAGUGGCCAUCCUGCCCUUCAGCGUCGAGGCUCUGAUGGCUGAUCGCAAGCCGAGCAGAGACGUAUCUCUCCCUGAUGGCCCAUCCGCGGCCGGGACGUCCCAGUCUCUGGGGAAGGGAAUUCGGAUGGGUCCGUUCGGAGGUCUGGAUACUCCCGUGCCUGCUAUCGCGAUGGGUUCCUCUUUUUCAGUGGGCGAACUCAUGAACAUGCAGGAGGACGUGUUGAUUAAACCCGAGAGUCCAGAUAGCCAAGAGAGAACUUCUUGGAUCCAGAGUCCUCGUUUUUCUCCCACACCUCCGCGGAGGCUGAGUCCCCCGGCAUGUCCUCUGAGGAAACACAAGACCAACAGAAAACCUCGGACACCUUUCACAACAUCCCAGCUGUUGGCCUUGGAGAGAAAGUUCCGUCAGAAGCAAUACCUGUCCAUCGCCGAGCGCGCCGAGUUCUCCAGUUCCCUUAGCUUGACAGAGACCCAGGUCAAGAUCUGGUUUCAGAACCGGAGAGCCAAAGCCAAGAGAUUGCAGGAGGCAGAACUGGAGAAACUGAAAAUGGCAGCCAAGCCCAUGUUGCCUCCUGCUUUUGGGAUUUCCUUCCCGUUAAGUGCGCACGUCCCGGGGUCCUACGCGGGCUCGCACGCCUUCCAGAGGCACUCGCUGCCGGUGUCCCCCGUGGGACUUUACGCCGCCCACGUCGGAUACAGCAUGUACCACCUAGCCUGAUGAUGGACAGAUGAUGGACACCUUUUUUAAAAUCAUGCUCAUGGGGUAAGACUCCUCUUUGAAGGAGUUUUUUUUUCCCCCCCCUGCAGUGUCUUCUUUCGAGGACCUGAUGUCUGAUCUCACCAGUAAGUCCUCCCAAAAGAUAUCUAAUCUUGUGCUCAUAGUGAUGCAUCAGAUUUAUUCUUAUUUUUCAGAACCAUUAAGACAGGACAUACAAGUGUGGACACAUAAUGCAAUUGUGCAGCAGGAUUGUUGGGCUGCUGCAAUACUUUUGUUAAAGCAUUUUUGGAUUCACAUUAAUAUCCAACUGGACCGGAUAACAGUGUCAAUGCUUUUUGUAAAUAUGAAAAACAACAGCAUUUAAAGAAAAAAAAAAACAGCACUAGUGUCUGUUGUUGCAAUGAUUCCCUUCGCAAGGGAUGCGUGUACUGUAAAAUAAUGUAUAUUUGGAAAAAUAUCCUCAUUUAUAUGAUGAAUAUAUUUGUGACAUAACUUAAUAAAUUGUUUAUUCUUUUUCA